AUGGCGCACCACGAGCAAUACAUGCUGCGCGUCACCGCAGGCGCAACCUACGACUCCUCGAAACAUGAGGAUGUACUCGUAAACAGCGAGAAGCCCAUCAUCAUAUCGUCUGACUUGACAGACGCGAAGAUACAUAUGCGAAUCAAGGACUUCCGCGGUCUACCAAAAGGCUCUCCCUCGACCUCACCCUACUUCUCCACUCCCACGCACACGUACGACCGCUAUUCGAUAUCCUUCUCCUUCACACCCAAACACGACAUCGCCGGCGACAAGCUAGUCUUCGGCAACGACUUCGACCACCCAAUCCGCGACCGCCUACCGCCGCUGUUCGAUAAAGCGUUUGGCAUUGUCAAGUGGUGGAUAGACCCCGGGCUAGACGGAGAUGUGUACGGCGACGAGCCAUAUCUUUACGGCGCGCUGUUGAGCAGUAUAAACGUACUACAAAUAGGGGAGAAGAACGACAAAGCGGGCGGUGAGAGCUCAGAAGGCGCGGAAGCAAACAUAGACAGCGGGGCAGUCGUCUACGAAGAAGGCGCACAUGGCUCUGGCGAGCAAGUGCGGAAGGAAAAGAACAUCCCCGAUCGCGCAGCCGCACGGCAGAAACACUUCCUCACUGAGCAGAAUCGAAAGGAGUUUGUUUUCGAGGCUGGGAGAGAGUACAGGUGCGAUUUCUUCAAUCCAUACCUCGAUUUCAACGAAUUCGCUCUCAAAAUCGGCUACGGGCUACCUAAUAUCUCCAUCAUUGGCCACUGGGAUGGCCAGCCUUUACGGUUCGUAUCACCCCUUCCUUCUCUACCCAUGUCCUUUUACUCUGACAUGUUGGUGAUUAUCUCUUUUGCUUUGGUUAUUGGGGGCUGA